CUUGCCGACACUUAGAUUUGGGCUGGUGCGCGAGCUCAUCUUCAGUGACAAUGUCUGGAAGACCUCAAGACGAUAGAAAUCAGGAGGCUACUGUAUAUCUGGGUAAUCUCGAUGAACGGUGCACUGACGCACUCAUUUGGGAGUUGAUGCUACAAGCAGGACCUGUCGUCAAUGUGCAUCUUCCAAAGGAUCGUAUUUCAAUGGCUCAUCAGGGGUACGGUUUCUGUGAGUUCUUGACAGAGGAGGAUGCCGAGUAUGCAUGCAAAAUUAUGAACCAGAUAAAAUUAUGGGGUAAGCCCAUCAGGGUGAACAAGGCAUCAUCCGACAAAAAACAACUGGAUGUGGGAGCAAACCUCUUCAUCGGUAACUUGGACGAGAACGUGGACGAGCGGCUACUAUACGAUACUUUCAGCGCCUUUGGUAUGAUGGCUACGACAGCAAAGAUUGCACGAGACCCUGGCACGGGGCUUUCGAAGGGUUAUGGCUUUGUCUCAUAUACCGACUUCGAGUCUUCCGACGCCGCGACAGAGUCCAUGAAUGGCCAGUUCCUCAUGAACAAAGCCAUCACUGUGCAGUAUGCGUUUAAGAAAGACGGCAAAGGCGAGCGUCACGGCACCUCAGCAGAACGUCUACUCGCCGCACAAGCACGGAAGAACAACGCGCUUCCCGUCGGUUCCCGCCCUCCUCCUGCGCAGAUGGCUUUUGGUGCUCGUCCUCCUAUGCCAGGGUUCCAGGGUCCUUAUCAAGGACAAUUUGCGGGCGUGCUUGCUCAGCCGCCACCUCCACCCGGUUUCAACCCGCCGCAGGCGGUUGUUCCACAAGGGAUGCCAGUGAUGGGAGGGAUGCCACCUGUGGGGAUGGGAAUACCACCUCCACCGCCCAACAUGUCCAUGUUUCCUCCUGGAGCAUUCCCGCCUCCGCCACCACCUGGUUUCGCCGUGCAAAAUGUGCCUGGAGCCAUGGUUCCGCCUCCUCCUCCUGUACCUCCUUAUUAAACAGUGGUAAAAAUUUUGUGGAUGUGUGUCGCUGACUUUGGAAUAGUCUUUCUAAAAAAUCAGACUGUUUUCCUGUGCAUGUGAAAUUCUCGAGCAACAUAUUUGACUGCUGUGAGUUGAGUCUACUAAGCCUAGGCAUAUUUUGUGUCAGUCAUUCUUACAUGUAAAGCUUCACAUCUUUUUUAAGUAUUUCGACAGGCCCUCAACGCACCACUGGACCGCUCGGACA